UCCCGCGAGAACUCUGCCUUUCGGCCCGUGGCUUGUGUUGGGCAGUGCCUCGUCCUCGGAAGGUCCCCUCGGGUCGCCCGGAGCGGCACUUAGAGUUGGAACAAUGAGCAGAAUGAGUACCUCACAGGACCAGAGUGGCUGCUCCGGUAAUAGAGAACCCCUUUUGAGGUGUUGUGAUGCACGGAGGGACUUGGAGCUUGCUAUUGGUGGAGUUCUCCGAGCUGAACAGCAAAUUAAAGAUAACUUGCGAGAGGUCAAAGCUCAGAUUCAUAGCUGCAUAAGCCGCCACCUGGAAUGCCUUCGAAGCCGUGAGGUGUGGCUUUAUGAACAGGUAGAUCUCAUCUAUCAGCUUAAGGAGGAGACACUUCAGCAGCAGGCCCAACAGCUCUACUGGUUACUGGGUCAGUUCAACUGUCUUAUUCAUCAGCUGGAGUGUACCCAAAACAAAGAUCUAGCCAAUCAAGUUUCUGUGUGCCUGGAGAGACUGGGUAGUUUGACCCUCAAACCUGAAGAUUCGACUGUCCUACUCUUUGAAACAGACACAACUGCUCUGCGCCAGGCCAUCACCACAUUUGGGUCCCUCAAGACCAUCCAAAUUCCUGAGCACCUGAUGGUUCAUGCUGGUUCAUCAAAUAUUGGGCCCUUCCUGGAGAAAAAAGGCUAUAUCCCAUUGCCAGAGCAGCAGAAGUCAGUAUCCAGCACCACAGCUGUCCCUCUCAGCGAAUGGCUCCUUGGAAGCAAACCUGCCAGAGGUCAUCAGUCUCCUUACAUACCCAGCACCAACCUCCAGGACUGGCUUACCCAAAAGCAGACCGUGGAGAAUAGUCAGACUUCUGCCAGAGCCUGCAAUUUCUUCAGUAAUGUCUGGGGCAACCUAAAGGGCUUGGAAAACUGGCUCCACAAGAGUCAGCAACAAGAAGUUCCUGAAAAACCAAGUUACCAGAAGUGUAACAGCUAUUCUACCACUAGUUCUUACUCCACUGAGAUUGAAAAGGUUGGUGAUCUAGAGCUUCUUGAUCAAGAUGAGAUGGACCUUUCUGAUUGGCUGGUGACUCCCCAGGAAUCCCAUAAGCUAGAGAAGUCCAGGAAUGACAGCUGUGAAACCAGUGAGAAGUUUAAGCUCUUGUUCCAGGUGUUCCAGGAGUCCUAUAGUGUGAAUGAUUGGCUUGUCAAGCCCGAUUCCUGUACCCGUUGUCAGGGCAACCAGCCCAGAGGUGUGGAGAUUGAAAACCUGGGCAAUUUGAAGUGCCUGAAUGACCACUUGGAGGCCAAGAAACCCUUGUCCACCCCCAGCAUGAUUACUGAGGAUUGGCUUGUCCAGAACUGUCAGGACCCAUAUAAAGUAGAGGAAGUAUGCAAAGCCAAUGAGCCCUGUACAAGCUUUGCAGAGUGUGUGUGUGAUGAAAAUUGUGAGAAGGAAGCUUUGUGUAAAUGGCUUCUGAAGAAAGAAGGAAAGGAUAAAAAUGGUAUGCCUGUGGAACCAAAACCUGAGCCUGAGAAGCAUAUACAUUCCCUGAAUAUGUGGCUCUGUCCUUCCAGAAAAGAGGCAACAGAACAAGCUAAGGUACCAAAAGCAAUGGCUCCUUCUAGAAUUGCUGAUUCCUUCCAAGUCAUAAGGAACAGUCCCUUGUCAGAGUGGCUCAUCACACCCUCAUGCAAAGAAGGAUAUCCCAAGGAAGUGCCUAGUACCGAGGACAGAGCUGGCAAACAAAAUCUUAUGAGCACCGUGGCCACUUCUUGGUGUCCCUUUAACACAGCUGACUGGGUCUUGCCAGGAAAGAAGACAGGAAACCUCAGCCAGUUAUCCUCAGGAGAAGACAAGUGGCUACUUCGAAAGAAGGCCAAGGAAGUAUUACUUAAUUCACCCCUACAGGAGGAAUGUAACUUUCCCCCAGACCGUUAUGGCCUUCCAGCAGUUUGUGAUCUCUUUGCCUGUAUGCAGCUUAAAGUUGAUAAAGAAAAGUGGUUGUAUCGAACUCCUCUACAGAUGUGAAGGAAUGGAGUACCAUUGUCAAGCAACUUUUCUGCAGAUUAUCACAUCCAUGAGCCGAGUGACUGUGGCUUGCUAAAUCUUUAUGUUUCUGGGUCUGACCAGUCAGCUUAGUUCCUUUCCUGCCUAAUUUUGAACUAGUGAAGAGAAAUAAGUCAUCAAAUUAUGAGUUACUCUGUAAAAGAAAAAGGCUGUUGAUUGAUGCUGAGGUGAUUCAGUUCCUUCUUACAGAAGUAUUAACUUAAUUCACCCCUAUGCUAGAAACAUGGCAUCUUUGUGGAUAGGUCUUUUUCAUAAGCCUCCAUGGCUCCUUAGAUUGGGUUGUUACUAGAAGUACAUUAAGACACUGUAGUUUAAAAAAUGAAAUAGUUCUUUAAUCAAGGUAUGUUGAGGUAUUCUAAAGCUAGUUAACUUCCCUAACCUUUUGACUGCCCUUUAGAUGCUUCCCUUGCUGUGGGUUUCCUUCCAUUAGUGGUAGAAAUAAUGAUUCUUCUGUUUAAU